AUGUCCGAUUAUGAGCUGACCGGGAAUGUUUUUGGACGACAAGAGCACGGGAGAGUCAUUGGAAUGGGUACCGGUGUGAGGCCUACCCAGUUUAGAGGAGAUUUGCGUGGUAGAAGUAAAUCUCAGCGGGAUGAACAAGAGGUGGAGAAGUUGCGUACUAAAUUACAAGAGGAUGCUUUGAAAAGAGAACAACUGGAGGCUUUAAUUCUUAAGUCACAAAGAGAAUCACGUGAGGCUAAAAGAGAAGCACAAGAGGCACAAAGAGAAGCACAAGAGGCACAAAAAGAAGCUCAAGAGGCGCAAAGACAAAUGCAAAUUGAAAUUGAAAGACAAGCUCUUGAGUCACAAAGACAAACGGAAGAAAUGAAAUUUGAAAUUGAAAGACAAGCUCUUGAGUCACAAAGACGAAGGGAAGAAUUUUAG